CACCACCCACUUUUCACUUUUUUCCAUCCACUUUCAACCAACUCUCUCUCUCUCUUCAAUAAUAAUCACUCCAUUCUCUACACAACAAAAAUGGCCAAACUUUUUGUCGGCGGCCUCUCCUGGCACACCACUGACGAAUCCCUCCGCGCAGGCUUCGAGCAAUUUGGUGCCGUUGAUGAAGCUAUUGUCGUCAAGGACCGUGACUCCUUCCGCAGCCGUGGAUUCGGUUUCGUCCGUUUCGCUGCCGAGGAGGAUGCUGACGCCGCCAUGAACGCCUUGAACAACCAGGAGUUCGACGGCCGUACCAUUCGUGUCGACAAGGCGGCCGACAAGCCCCCCCGCAGCAACGGAGGCUUCCAAGGUCGUGGCGGUUACAACAGCCGUGGAGGUGAUGACUCUCAGUACUCUAGAGGAGGUUACGGCGGUGGUUACAACUCUGGUUACGGUGGUGGAUACUAAGCGGUAACUUGUCGCUGCUGCUGCUAAGUAAAAUUUCGAAAACGGUGCGAACACGGUCUUGCUGCUGGGCGCUUAAAAAAGGAACGCGAAAUAAUUCGAUGGAUAUGGAUCACAAUUUGUUAUUAAUGACGGGAUCUCGCUUGCAUUUCUCUUUGAGGUGAUAUGAGGUGAUAUAA